UGGGACAACGCAACAUGAGAUGACAUCAUCCCAACUUUUUGUGCCGUUAGUCGUUGCUUUCAGUAAAUGUGAUCAACUUAUAUGAGGAAGUGCGGUACCAGCCUGGAUCCUGGUGUUCUCAUCACAUGAUAUUGGAACUCUUGAUGAGCAGGCCUACGAAGGGAUAACGUGACACGAACAUGGCUGUCAGACUUUCUUUGCGACAUUUUGGUCUAAUUUUCUUUAUCUGGAUUUUUACGGUCACGGUAUCGUUGUCGAAAACUGAGCAAUGCUACUACAAUAAGUCAUGUAAGAAUUCGGCCAAAGUCAUACAAAUUCUAAAAGCCACGAAUGCCAGUGACUGGGAAAACUGCAAUAUGAAGCCCAAGUGUGAUAAUCAGAAUCAAAAUGGAAGUUUUGAUUGCAAAUGUGUGUUGAAGUCCCAAGAUUCGUACAUGGACAUUUGCGGCAAAUCUGGGUCAGAAGGCUCUGUCGGUAGCAAGGAUUUUUACAUCUUCAAUGCAAACUAUCCAGAGACAAAUAGCCAACCAGACAUAUGUGAAUGUGCAGUGCGCUUCAACUCCUCAGGUAGCAUUCCCGAUGUGUGGUUUCACCACAUCGAUCUACCGCCAGGGGCUUCGGUAUACGUCACAGCUGACGACCUCGCCCUAGACCAUGUAGACAGGAACAACUGUAGUGACCUUAUAAAUUGUAGGCUGCCCGUAGAGCAGCAGUUUAAGAGGAAUGGCCUGCUGAGGGUGAUUUCUACGGCUCAGCAAAAGGCUGGCAAACUUUGGAUAAAGGUUUCUUCAGCUAAAAAAGGAUUUACCGUGAACUGUAGUAUAAAACGGAAUGGAGUCACUGCAAAGACAACUACCCUGGUUACCACUCCAAAACCUAAGAACACAUUCACAUCAGAAGUCACUGCAAAGACAACUACCCUGGUUACCACUCCAAAACCUAAGAACACACCCACAUCAGAAAUAUCAGUUGGUCCAACCGGCGAACCAACGACCACUGUGCAACCAGGGAUAGGAUGCGAAGGUAAGAAAGUUAUCAUUGCUUGUGCGGCUGUUGCAGGUAUUGUAGGGAUGGUGAUCAUGUUCGUUUUCGGUGUCUGGUGGCAUAAGAUGGCAAAAGGAUUUGCCCAGGCGGAGAUCAUGCAAGAUAAUUGUAUUCACGAAUCUACCCCAACGAAAGAAAACGAGGGCAUUGAGGACAAGACUGUUGGUUUCCCAAUGAAAGAAAAUGAUAUUUAUGAGUCCUCUGGAUCAUUGGAUUGGAAUAAAACUCCUGAGUACCCAAUGAAAGACAAUGACAUUUACCAGUCAUCUGGAUUAACCAUUGGGGACAAGACUGUUGGGUAUCCAAUGAAAGACAAUGACAUUUACCAAUUAUCUGGAUUAACCAUUGGGGACAAGACUGUUGGGUAUCCAAUGAAAGAGAAUGACAUUUACCAGUCAUCUGGAUUAACCAUUGGGGACAAGACUGUUGGGUAUCCAAUGAAAGACAAUGACAUUUACCAAUUAUCUGGAUUAAACAUUGGGGACAAGACUGUUGGGUAUCCAAUGAAAGACAAUGACAUUUACCAGUCCUCUGGAUCAACCAUUGCGGGUAAGAAUGUUUGGUAUCCAAUGAAAGACAGUGAUAUUUAUCAAUCUGCCGAAAGGUACAGAUCGCAUGAAUAUCCAAUGGGUAUAAUGAAGGAAAAUGACAUAUAUCAAUCAAGUGAUCUGCAUCCCCGAAUUGAUCAGGCCUUUGGUGCUCCGACUAAAGUUACUUCCAUUUAUGAACUGGAAGGGCACCCAAAAGACAAAGCAUCUGGAUGCCCCCUGUAUGACGAUCUGAAUGAACUCGAUGAAGGCUCCAGGGAUGUCAGAGCAGGGCAUGGAUACCCCUUGGGAGAGAAUGCAUAUGAACUUGGGGGGGAUCCGUGGUUCAAUGACUAUGCAACUGUGUGCCCCAUGACAGUCAAUGUUUUUUAUGAGCCAUCAAAUCCACACCAAACAGAUCAUGACUGCAUGAAAGACAAUGACAUAAUACAGUGGGCCGAUCAAACUGGUGUCAAGACUACUGAAGGUCACAAGAAAGACAAUCAGCUGUGCCAAUCUUUUGAUCUGAUGCAAGGUAAUCAGGACAGUGUUGAUGAGAGGGCCCCAAGAGAACAACUGAACAGUGUUGAUGAGAGGGCCCCAAGAGAACAACUGAACAGUGUUGACGAGAGGGCCCAAAGAGAACAACUGAACAGUGUUGAUGAGAGGGCCCCGAGAGAACAACUGAACAGUGUUGAUGAGGGGGCCCCAAGAGAACAACUGAACAGUGUUGAAGAGAGGGCCCCAAGAGAACAACUGAACAGUGUUGAUGAGAGGGCCCCAAGGGAACAACUGAACAGUGUUGAUGAGAGGGCCCCAAGAGAACAACUGAACAGUGUUGAUGAGAGGGCCCCAAGAGAACAACUGAACAGUGUUGACGAGAGGGCCCCAAGGGAACAACUGAACAGUGUUGAUGAGAGGGCCCCGAGAGAACAACUGAACAGUGUUGAUGAGGGGGCCCCAAGAGAACAACUGAACAGUGUUGAAGAGAGGGCCCCAAGAGAACAACUGAACAGUGUUGAUGAGAGGGCCCCAAGGGAACAACUGAACAGUGUUGAUGAGAGGGCCCCAAGGGAACAACUGAACAGUGUUGAUGAGAGGGCCCCAAGAGAACAAAUGAACAGUGUUGAAGAGAGGGCCCCAAGAGAACAACUGAACAGUGUUGAAGAGAGGGCCCCCAGAGAACAACUGAAAAGUGUUGAUGAGAGGGCCCCAAGGGAACAACUGACAACAACCUUGUGAGGGAGGACUAAUUCAAUCAAGAAACUGCACACAUUUCUACUUAAAGUUAUAAAGAAGACUCAUUUAAAAAUAUAACAAACAUUUUAUUAAAAAUUCCAAAAAGGUUUCCAAGAAUGUAAUCAAAUAUCACACCACAUUCUUUUAAAAGGUUCUCAUAUCAUAAUACAUGCCAUAAAAUUUAACAAAUAUUUAAAAUCUAAGUACAAUUUGUGCAAUGGAGGAGAGCAUAACAUAUUUACAUCAACCUUCUCCCCCUCAGUCCCCUCACUCACUGGGCACCACAAAGCGGUCAUACAGACCAAUAGCUAGCUUUUAGGAAAUGGAGGGUAAAACACCUCUGAGUGUCAACUUGAUCAUCUCAAAGACUGACAAGCGAGAUGAAUUUUAGAUCGAUAUUGAUGGCACAAAACAUAUUAUCCAAGUUCAUUUAUCACUGUCAGAGGGAUGAAGGAAAGAGUUACUGGAACCUGGAACAUUUUUGCAGAGGUUCAGUCCUUUCAAUUACAUGGAGACCUCUACACCCUGUAUUUUUUUAGCCUUUUUUGGGGACAUGUUUUUUUUUCUUUUGAGCUUAAUUUGGGGACAUUUCGUCGUGCCAAUUUGCCUGAACAUCGACGUCCUUAUUGACUGACAUUGUCACAUGCACCUGAAAACUCAUAAUUUUAGGAUGAAAA